AUGGACGCCAUGUUCAGGCCGCGCCCCCCGCGCGAGCGCCAGCGCGCGGCCGGCUGCCGUCUUCAGGAGACUGGCGCAUCGGAGCACGUCGCGACGGAGGCCUUGCUGGAGCGCCUGCGCGCGGCCGUUCGGAUCGGGAGGUACGUCACGGGCAGGCUCCCGGGCGCCCACUGCCACGGGGAGGCGUUGCCCGCCUGCUACAGGCGGGCGUGGACUCCGGGCAGCCACCGCUUCUUCCCCCCGCCGUUCCGGCGCAUGGUCAUGCUGUUGCUGCUGCACUCGGCGCGGCCGUUGGCAGCGGAGAGCGGCGGGUCCGGCAGCAGCCUGUUGCCCGCGACCAUUUGGCGGAAGAUCUUUGGUUUCAUGAGCCGAGAUUGGGCGGCGGAACCCCAGGAGAUCGGCGCUCAGCCAGUCACACCCUACGUUGCCCCUACGUGCUGCCAGCACGGGCGGAUCACGGCUGCCGCCUCGGCGUUUUCUCGCGGCUGUUGCCCGAGCACCUUGCCCGACGUUCGCCACAUUGGGCGCGGCGUGGCGCGGUUCGUGGCCACUGCCUUCCUUGUGCUCCACGUGUUGUUGCCGCCCGUUUCUGCUGUCGCAUGUGUUUGGCUUCGCGGCGAGGCAGAGCUGGUGGAGACGGUGGACGUGCCGCGUCGCGCCUCCCGCUCCCGCGACAGCGUUUGGACGACGAGGGGGCGGGGGCAGGGCGUGCCGCAGCACACCGCGGCUCUGACGCGUCGCGUGCCGUGA